GAGUGCUAUUUCCAUCGACAGUGUGCCGGAUGAUAACGUGUAGUAUAUUCCGCCAUGUGAUAGUUUCGAUCGUGUGUGGACGUAGAACAAUGUUCCGCGUUACAACGAAAUUCAUCGCACGAUUCGUUUGAAAUGUAUAAUUUUCCGCGACAUUCAACUAACCAACCACCGUUUUUUAUUAAUAAUAAUUUCUGUGAAAUUAAAGAAUACAUGAGGAAUUGUGUCAUUCGUGUAAGUGUACAUCGAAGUUAACAGUUGCAUCGAUCGGGUAUAUGCGAGAAACCGAAAGUACGUUACGUAUUGUAGACACGCAAUCGAUAAUAAAUUAUGGUCAAUGUGAGACAUAAUUGAUGACCAAAAAUUAAGCAAGAGUGAAGGAUAUUGCGUGUACAAAAUACGAAGAAAGGGGCACUGGUUGAACCUUAGAUCGUGACGAUCCUGAAGCCGGCGGCGGAGUGAUUCGUGGUGCGUUGUGGGGGCCCUCAGCUGUUUCCCGCCAAAGAUCGCCAUUACAAAACGCGUUCGGGCGUUGUGUGUUCGCCGCGCGGAGUGGCUGUCCCGUGGACGAAUCUCAGUGCGUGCCACCGCGAUAGAAAAAAAAAUUAAUUACGAGUUCCGGAGUUUCCGCGUCGCAAAGGGCGUGAAGUGUGCGCGUUGUUUUUCGGUGGAGUGUGCGAGAAGCCCGUCGUCUUGUUCGCUUUCGCGACGACGGCUGCUGAGACGUGGAAUCGCGCGGCGCAAUUCUUAGUGCUACGGACCAACGAGAUAUGUCAGUGUUUGGUGGUGAGGAUCGAAUUCUGCUUGAGGAAAUUGUUGAAGCCACUGAGGAACAGGGAACAAGUUUGUGCGGAAGCAUCGGAACAGUGGAGGAGGGCUCGGUGACCACGUGCGUCACGGUCGCCGAGAUUGCUGAUUCCCAGGAACAACAGCAACAGCAAUCGAAGAGCAACGGCGGCGCUGUAUCUCGCCGUGUUCCUGGUCAGAACGUUGCGUUGAGCAACGGGAACAGUGCCAGCAACGUCGGCCGCGUUACCCCGCGUAACCACAUGGAGCAAGAGAAGCGGAUGCGGCGAGAAAUCGCCAACAGUAACGAACGACGUCGGAUGCAGAGUAUUAACGCCGGUUUCCAGUCGCUUAGGACGUUGCUGCCGCACCACGAGGGCGAGAAACUUUCCAAGGCUGCGAUACUUCAACAGACUGCGGAGUAUAUAUACCAGCUGGAGCAAGAGAAAACACAGCUACUCUCACAGAAUUGUCAAUUGAAGCGAUUAGUGAAUCAACACGAGGGUGGCGAUGUACCGAUCAAGAAACGCAAGGCGGAUAAUCAAGGCGGUGUCGUCGUCAGUCUACCGAUGCAUGUUAGCGAAAGCGGUGACGAGGGAUUGGGCAGCAUGUCUCCCGAACCUUUGUCGGUAAUAACCGUGAGCACAGAGGGACAUUCCGUGGUAAACAACGAGGUGGUAGAACUGAGACGACAGUUGGAAAGGGAACGUCACGCGAGGCUGCAUCUAGAGAAGCAGAUGAGAGUUAUACAAAGUCAGCUGUACCCGGAAAGGUUCCGAGAUAAUCAGCUGAUUACUUACCAGCCCCAUGAGGUGAUCGAACACACGGAUAACGUAAUUGCCCAAGAGACAGAGGAAGCUGUAGCCGCUCUGCAGGUAGUAUCCGUGGUGUCUUUACCACCCGUCGGGUCGACGCAGACUGUAGAAACGUCCAGUCCGGAUCCCAGUUCACCGCCACUGUCGCCGCAGCCUGCAGACAUGGUACCAGAGGAAAUCAAGGAGGAAGAAGCUGAGCCUGGAAGUCCGAAAAUCGUAGCAUUCAGCCAGAAUCAAGCGUUCUCCGCGAUUGAAGAGCAGACGACCGGCGACUCAUUUUCUUCGUCGAGUCGUGUUACGUAUUCAGAGGAUUUCAAAACCACGUCGCCACAGUACAUCACCGCCAGUCCCAGCAGGCCAUUCUCACCGGCCGCAGAACUACAACGGUUACCUAGUGUUCUAGAAGCGGCGAUGAAAGCGGAACCGAAGGUUGAAGUUGAGAGGCUGCCAUCGCCAUCGAACUCUCUAGAUGAUGGUUCUCCGCAGGCGAGGUUGUACCUGGCGAAUACCUCGCGACAGAACUUGGAAACGAUUGUCGAAGCAAUACGUCACCUAGAGGGGGAUCAUCUAUUCAGCGACGAGCCAGCACAAGAUGUUCCGCUAGCAUUGACCAACAAACAAACGGUGAACCCGUCAGGGAAGCCAUCAACGUCACCAUCCGCAUCCUCGACGGCGAAGCAACGGUUACUGCAAGCUGAGUUCCUUCAGUUUCAUAAGCAACAGCAGACCCAACAGACCCAACAGAGGCCGGGUGUGAUCGUGGUGAAGCACUCGUGAUCCAGAGGCGCGUCUCGAUCAGUAAACUGAACGCGCUCACCGCGAAAAGAUUGCCUCCGCUCGAGAAAUUAGACCCACGACGCGUUCAGACCAGAGGAUUAGCUCUAAAAACCGAGACAAGAGAAACAAUUUUUAAAUUGACCUUGGACGUUCGAGUCUGAAGCGGUGUUCCUCCAAAAAGAUGCCCAGGGAGACCUCCUUGCGUUCGUACCGCCGAUCGAGGACAUUAACCGGGUCCGGUCGGCGUUUUCGUAUGUUCCUACUGCCUGUCGUCCGCCUUUGUUUCGACUAGCUCGAUCUGCGCCA